AUGCGUGGGACAUUCGUUCUUUCUUUGCUUUCUACAGCGCUGGGCGUUAGCGCCGCCGUUUCUGAGUCGAACCUCAAGACUUAUGUCGAUGUGCUGGCACUCGACUAUUCUUUCAACCCCGUAAAGGCCGCCUACUGGACUGGGUAUCCUCACCAUCGCCGUACUCCUUUUGCAGUGUCGCCGGAUGGAAAGUCGGCAUACAUUGCCUACCUGGACUCUAGUGCGACCGAUGUUCAUGUGCAGCAGUUGGAUCCUACGACCUUUGCUGCUACCGGUACCACUGUGACUGUCUCUGGUGGAAAGGAAGCUGGAGGUCUGGUUGCUCACAAUGAUGGAUUCGCCCUUCUGACCAACGAGGCCAUGCCUUCCGGUACCACCAAUGCUCCACCAGGCGACACCCCCGUUCCUGUGCUGUACCGCUAUACGUCAGGCAAGCAGACAUGGAAGACCUGGCUGGGUGGACCUGGUGUCCACGAAUCUGACGGUCUGUCUGCCGCCCCCGACAUGAAUGGUGAUCUGGUCUACUCUGAGAGUGCAGAGCUAUACGGCGCAUACUUCGUUGUGACUGACUACUCCGGCGAUGCAUCGGGUCACUUCGGCGACAGCGUCGAGUACGUAUCAACCAACGGAACCCUCGAAACAAUCAGCGGUGCUUCUAGUUCGUGGGGAUGCAGCCACAACACCGGUAUUGCAUUUGAGGCAGCCGACGACGCUCCCUUCGCUGGUAUUUGUGCGGAAGAUCAGGGGGCUAUCUGGUUGAACACCAAAACCCAGGGAAUGAACAAUGAUGGCGUCAAGAUCUCGAACGAAAACACCACCAACGGCGCAUCUGGUGAACCUAUGGGUGGUAUGUCUGGUAGCUACAGUUCACUGGCUCGGUUUGCUGAGACAACCAAGUACAUCUUCGCAUGGGUUUCCCGGGGUGCGAUGGACGUGACUGAGAACGAGUGGAUGGGAACCGGCUAUACAAACGUGCAGAACCGUACCAACGGCCGCAACGUUGCUAUCUCACUGUUCUCAGACAAGUACACGAAGGUUGGAGCCGAGGCUACGUCCGUGGUUGGUGCCGAAGAUGGAGAUAGCCAGAUCACCUGGGUAACUUCCGGAUCAAACGACUGCUCAAAUGCCCAUGCUGCCACUUUCGGAAGCAGCAACGCCUUGAUUACUUGGGAAGAGAUUUCAAACCCGACCUGCGAUUUCAUCGCCAUGGGAUGCGGUGGUACCUUCGCAGGAACUUACUUCCAGGAAGUCGACUCGACCGGCUCGAAAAUUGGCGCGUCUUUUAGCAGCGACGACGUCUACAUCGCUGGUGAUAUGGUCACGAUGUCGGAUGGCCGCAUUUGCUGGCCGUAUGUCAGCAUGACCUGGGACCUGUCCCAGCCUAUCGAUGACUCCACUUCCUCGGUCACUGGAAAGAAGAUAAGCAUUGCUUGUAUGAGCCUCGAUGGAACCACUGAGUCCUCCGAAACCACUGUUGCCAGCGCUGCCACCAGCACCACCGCCGCGGUUGCUGUCAGCGAGACUGCUAACGCCGUCACCAAAGCAGCGUCUGUUCAGACAACCGCUGAAGUUGUAAGCGUGACCAUCGAAGCCACAGCCCAAGCUACAGCUGGCAGUGUUAGCGCUGUCGAUAGCAGUGCCAUGAUUGAGGUUGCGAGCGAGACCGUGAGCACCGUCCCCGUUGCCACUGCCAUUUCCACUCCGAGUGCGGUCGCGAUUGCUGUCACGAAUGGAUCUGAGAGCGAGAUCCCCUUUGCUACUCCCACUGAAAUCCCCAGUGCUCCAAGUGUUGUCGUCGGCACAAGUGUAUUCCCAAGUGACGCGUGGAGCGUCAUUCCCAGCGGUGCUUUCGAUAUUCCGAGUGAAAAAUUCGGUGCAGUCGCGAGCGGAACUCCUAGCGGAAUUGGUAGAGGACAUGGACACAAACACAGUGGACACAGUGGACACCAUGGACACCGCGGGGCUCAUGAUCGGUUCCAUGAGAAAGAGGCUGAGGUGAUGAGAUCUUGUAAAUCCCAGUAG